GACGUCGCGCGAAGGGCACUGAUCUAAGGGCUGGGAGGACAUUCGGCCUCUGUGAGCCGCAGCCUUCCUAAGGAAGAGGUUGUGAUUUCGCCAUCUUAGGGAGAAGAUGUUCUCGUCCGUGGCGCACCUGGCGCGGGCGAACCCCUUCAACGCGCCCCACUUGCAGCUGGUGCAAGAUGGUUUCGCGGGCUCGCGCACCCCCGGCCCGGACGCGCUCCCCAGCCAGCCCCGCCGCUCCCGCACCCUGGCAGCCGCCGCAGUGGAAGAAUACAGUUGUGAAUAUGGCUCCAUGAAGUUUUAUGCACUGUGUGGCUUUGGUGGGGUAUUAAGUUGUGGUCUGACACACACUGCUGUCGUCCCCCUGGAUUUAGUGAAAUGCCGGAUGCAGGUGGACCCCCAAAAGUACAAAGGCAUAUUUAAUGGAUUCUCAGUUACACUUAAAGAGGAUGGUUUUCGUGGUUUGGCUAAAGGAUGGGCUCCGACCUUCAUUGGCUACUCCAUGCAGGGCCUCUGCAAAUUUGGUUUUUAUGAAGUCUUCAAAGUCUUGUAUAGCAACCUACUUGGAGAGGAGAACACCUACCUCUGGCGCACAUCGCUAUAUUUGGCUUCCUCUGCCAGUGCAGAAUUCUUCGCUGACAUUGCCCUGGCUCCCAUGGAAGCUGCUAAAGUUCGAAUUCAAACCCAGCCAGGUUAUGCCAACACUCUGAGGGAUGCAGUUCCCAAAAUGUACAAGGAAGAAGGUUUAAAUGCAUUCUAUAAGGGGGUUGCCCCCCUCUGGAUGAGACAGAUCCCAUACACCAUGAUGAAGUUCGCCUGCUUUGAACGUACUGUUGAGGCCUUGUACAAGUUUGUGGUUCCCAAACCCAGAAGUGAAUGUUCAAAGGGAGAACAGCUCGUUGUAACAUUUGUGGCUGGUUACAUAGCUGGAGUCUUCUGUGCAAUUGUUUCCCACCCUGCUGAUUCUGUGGUAUCUGUGUUGAAUAAAGAAAAAGGUAGCACUGCUUCUCAGGUCCUCCAGAGGCUUGGAUUUAGAGGUGUUUGGAAAGGACUCUUCGCCCGUAUCAUCAUGAUCGGCACCCUCACUGCCCUGCAGUGGUUCAUCUAUGACUCUGUGAAGGUCUACUUCAGGCUGCCUCGCCCUCCUCCACCUGAGAUGCCAGAGUCUCUGAAGAAGAAGCUCGGGCUAACCCAGUAGAUUGAUCAAAGCAAUGUGGACUGAAUCUGCUUGUUGAUCAGUGUUGGCAAAAGUGCAAAAGGAACUUUUAUAUAUUUGACAGUGUAGAAAAUUGUCUAUUCCUGAUAUCAUCACUGUAGCGCUCUUGCUUAAGGCAAGAGUUUCAAACUUAUUAUUGAAAUAAACCCAACUGCUCACGA